GCUGAGCGCGAGCGGGGGCUCGCGGCGGAUGGCAGGGGCUCUCUGGGUGCCGGGGCUGCAGGCGGCGGCGCAGGUCGCGCAGGCUUACCUGCUUCGCUGCCCGGCGGCCUCACCGUGCCCGACGGUCAGCUGCCCCUCGCCGGCGGCCUGCCCGCCCUGCCCGGCGCGCCGCGCCAGCCAGUGCCCAGCGGCGCCCGAGGCGGAAAGGUGCGACGUGCAGAGCGGUGGUGGCCUGAUCUUCUUCCUGCUGGGAGUUGUGACUGGAGUGGGUGUGACUGGUGGCUUCGUGACAGUCGUGUUGCGCUGCGGACGGUUGCUCUUGCAGCAGCUCCAGUCGUCCGCUGAUGCGUGGGUGGCGGUGACACCCGAUGGCGACAUGUACGUGGAGGGCGUUGCAGUCAAUGAGGACAUCAGGGAAGUGCUCUGGGAGAACAUUCCAGGCGUGGAACCCGCUCAGGUACGGUGUCGCGGGUGCAGGUUCGGCCAGAUGCCCCGCGGCGACGCCCUCCGGCGGCUGGCGCAGCAGGCGGAGACGGUGCGCGACCAGGGGGGCGCCGCGCGGGGGUACCGCGCGCCGGCCCCGCUGGCGGGCGGCAGCGACUUGGGCGGCUUCGACCCGAUCGGCGGUCCCCCG